CCCACACGGCGGUGCAUUUAGAAGCACCGUUUUACUUCCUGUUUGCAUUCAUAACCGAGCCGAACCACAGAAGCUAAACCAAUUUAGCAGGGUUUUUUUCAACAAAUGUUGAUGUAGCAGAAAUACUCAUCAACAAUAAUGAUUCCGUACACGGUCAACAUCAAACUCGCGGCUCGGACGUUGACUGGCACCCUCAAUUUGCAGAAUAAAACCGCUGUAGAUUGGGGUUGGCAGGGGCUGAUAGCUCAGGGAUGUCACUCCAGCAUUCUCAUCAUCGAUCCAAAGACGUCUCAGACCAUCCAGGUGUUGGAGAGGCACAAAGCCAAUGUGGUCAAGGUUAAAUGGUCCAGGGAAAACUACUACCACAACUUGAGCUCUCCGUACUGUCUGCGGCUGGCUUCAGGAGAUGCCUCUGGGAAGAUCAUAGUGUGGGAUGUGGUCAGCGGCACUGCCCACUGUGAGAUCCAGGAGCACUCCAAGCCGAUCCAGGACUUGGAGUGGUUAUGGAACCAGGAUGCGUCUCGUGAUCUGCUGCUAGCCAUCCACCCUCCCAACUACAUCGUCCUGUGGAACGGAGACACAGGCACCAAGCUGUGGAAGAAGAGCUAUGCUGAAAACAUCCUCUCCUUUUCUUUUGACCCCUUUGACCCCUCCAACAUGGCGUUGCUGACCAGCGAAGGAAUAGUCUUUAUCACAGACUUUACCCACUCCAAACCUCCGGGCAGCGCUGGCAAAAAGGUCUAUAUCGCCAGCCCCCAUGCAAGCCCCGCCCACACCAAGCCGGCCCCCGCCGCUGCUCCGGCCCCGACCGGCGCCAAGAAGGCCCUCAACAAGGUCAAAGUGCUCAUUACCAACGAAAAACCCACUGCGGAGGCGGUGACGCUGAACGACUGUCUGCAGCUCUCCUACCUGCCAUCCAAGAGGAACCACAUGCUGCUGCUUUAUCCCAGAGAGAUCCUCAUCCUGGACCUGGAGCUCAGCCAGACGGUGGGCGUGGUGGCCAUCGAGCGCUCCGGGGUGCCCUUCGCUCAGGUGAUCCCCUGCGCUCAGCGGGACGCUCUCUACUGUCUCCAUGAGAACGGCUGCAUCACCCUCCGAGUGUGCCGCUCCACUACCACUCAGGAUGAAACAGCAGACCCAGAGCAGAAUGUCCACGAGCUCCAGUACGACCUGCGAUCCCAGUGUGACGCCAUCCGAGUCACCAAAACAGUGCGGCCGUAUCGCAUGGUCAUUUGUCCUGUCAACGAAAACAACGCUGCUCUAAUGGUCAGCGACGGCAGAGUCAUGCUGUGGGAGCUCAAAACCCACACUGGCAAGGCUCCUUUCAAUCCCAGUUCUGGUCUUUCGCCGCUCUACACCCCCGUGUCAUUUUGUGGAGCGCCGCUGGGUCCAAACCAGAAAAAGAUCCAGGAUCUCUCCCUCAACAGCAUGAUCGGUCAGACCUUGAUAGCUGGUGAGGCUCCUCCUCCAUCUUCCAACCAGCAAGAUGUCCAGCUGAAGUUCCUGCUGACUGGCCUGCUGUCAGGUCUGCCGCUGCCACCAUUCGCCAUCCGCAUGUGUCCACCUCUUACCACCAAAAACAUCAACCACUACCAGCCCCUGCUGGCUACAGGCACCAGUAAUGGUUCUGUGCUGGUGUAUAACCUGACCAGUGGUCUUCUCCACAAAGAACUCAGUGUCCACUCAUGUGAAGUCAGGGGGAUUGAAUGGGUGAGUCUUACCAGUUUCCUGUCUUUUGCCACUUCUGCUCCCAACAACAUGGGCCUGGUGCGAAAUGAACUGCAGCACGUGGACCUGCCUACUGGCAGAUGCUUUGCAUUCAGAGGCGAGCGAGGAAACGAUGAGCCGCCCAUUGAGAUGAUUAAAGUGUCUCAUCUCAAACAGUACCUGGUGGUGGUGUUCAGAGACAAACCCCUGGAGCUGUGGGACACCAGGACGGGGACGCUUCUCCGGGAGAUGGCUAAGAACUUCCCCACUGUUACUGCAUUGGAGUGGUCCCCGUCCCACAACCUGAAAAGUCUGAAGAAGAAGCAGAUUGCAGCGAGGGAGGCCAUCGCUCGGCAGACUGUGUCAGACGCCGAGCAGAGCAGCGUCGAAUCCUCUGUCAUCAGUCUCCUGCAGGAUGCAGAGAGCAAGUCAGAGACCAGCCAAGCCAUCUCAGCCAGGGAGCAUUUUGUAUUCACUGACACAGACGGCCAGGUCUACCACAUCACCGUAGAGGGCAACACAGUCAAAGACGGAGCACGAAUUCCCCCUGAUGGCAGUAUGGGUAGUAUCGCCUGCAUUGCCUGGAAAGGUGACACCCUGGUGCUCGGGGACGUUGACGGCAAUCUCAACUUCUGGGACCUCAAAGCUCGUCUGUCCAGAGGAAUACCAACACAUCGCGGCUGGGUGAAAAAGAUCCGAUUCGCCCCGGGGAAGGGCAACCAGAAGCUGCUGGUCAUGUACACAGAUGGAGCAGAGGUCUGGGACACCAAAGAGGUCCAAAUGGUGAGCAGCAUGCGGAUCGGCCGCAACGUGAACUACCGCAUCCUCGACAUUGACUGGUGCACGUCUGACAAGGUUGUUCUGGCCUCUGAUGACGGCUGCAUCCGAGUGCUGGAGAUGGCCAUGAAGUCGGCCAGUUACCGCAUGGAUGAACAAGACCUGACUGAUCCAGUGUGGUGUCCUUACCUGCUGGUGCCCCGAGCCGCCCUCACUCUCAAGGCUUUCCUCCUGCUGCAGCCCUGGUCAGGAACCUUCACCAUGGACAUCACUCAAGUAGACUACAAUGAGAAGGACGAGAUAAAAGGCCUGAUCCAGGAGCAGCUCAACUCCUUGUCUAACGAUAUGAAGAGUGUGCUGCAGGACCCCGAGCUCAGCCUGCUGCAGCGCUGCCUCCUGGUCUCACGGCUCUUCGGGGACGAGUCGGACCUCCACUUCUGGACAGUGGCGUCCCACUACCUCCAGGCGUUCGCCCAGGCUCGACAGCUGAGCGUGUCCACUGCAGAGGGUCAGGCUCCAAGUGAAGGAACGCAGACGCAGCCUCAGAACCACCUGGACAUCUGCCACGACGUCCUGUGUGAGAGCUCUUACUUCCAGAAGUUCCAGCUGGAUCGGGUUCACCUGCAGGAGGUGAAGCGCUCCAGUUAUGAACACACGAAGAAAUGUGCUGACCAGCUCCUCCUGCUGGGUCAAACGGACCGGGCGGUGCAGUUACUGCUGGAGACGAGUGCAGACAACUCCAGCUACUACUGCGACUCGCUGAAGGCCUGCCUGGUGACCACCAUCACCUCCUCUGGACCCUCGCAGUCCACCAUCAAACUAGUGGCCACCAACAUGAUCGCCAAUGGAAAGCUAGCAGAGGGAGUACAGCUGCUGUGUUUGAUUGACAAGGCGGCCGAUGCUUGCCGCUACUUGCAGACCUACGGGGAGUGGAACCGAGCCGCCUGGCUGGCCAAGGUGCGCCUGAGCCCUGCAGAGAGCUCUGAUGUGCUGAAGCGCUGGGCAGAGCACCUGUGCUCCCCGCAGGUCAACCAGAAGUCCAAAGCCAUCCUGGUGCUGCUUUCCCUCGGCUGUUUUUACAAAGUAGGAGAGAUGCUCCACAGCAUGAGGCACUUUGAUCGCGCCGCCCUCUUCAUCGAAGCCUGCCUGAAGUACGGGGUGAUGGAGGCCAACGACUCUUCCAAUAAACUCAUCAAGGCUGCGUUCCUGGAGUAUGCACGGCUGCUGCGCACACUGGGCAUGCGGGAGGGUGCCGCCCUCUGGGCAUCACGGGCCGGCAGCGCUGGCGAGCAGCUGAUGGAGGAGCUGUUCCAGGGAGAGGGAGGCGUGCCAGAGGCCAUUGUUGGCGAAGAGGAAGUGGAGCUGGGCCAGGAGAGCACCGAGUGACCUCGGAGGUUUGGCAGAGAACGGACGACUCGCUCUGUGGUGCAAAUCAAGCGGUCGGCCAUUCAGUCCAACUUUAAUAAUUGUGAAUUAACUUUGUGUGGGCAUCCAGGGGAAUUAUGAUCAUCGUCUCCACAUCGUGAGAAGAGAUGUGAGGAGUUUGUCAGUCGGUCACUGGAGUCUUUCUGUGUCUGUGACUAGCUUGACGUUUCUUAAUGUUUGGUAGGACCAGCUGGUGUUUGUGCACAUAAGUGUAUGCAUGAAACAACCCUAAAAAAAACACACUUUGUCCCCCUGACUAGUGAAGUAAUACACAUUGUUGAUAUCAGUCUGUUUUUUGUUUGUUAAUGAAUUUAACUCAUUAGAUUUUUUUAAUGGUUGCUUGUUAAGCUUUAUUUUGUGUGCCUGUAUUAAUAACUUCAAAGUACUGUUGUAGCUCUACAGGUUUAAUUAAACUUUUUUGCUGCAGAGAUUAAAUGCAGCAGAAGGAGUUUAUCCCAAAAUCAUACAUUCCCUAUUUCAUUUUUGAAAAUGCACUUUUCUUAUAGUCGGCCCCUGUUACUGCCCCACGCCUGAAUUCCAAAAUGUGAUUUAUUGCACUCUUGAUUUAACCAAAAACACCAAAUUUGUCAUAAUAAAUUAGAUUCUCUGACCCUCCCUGUAGCAGGAACGCAGCAUUGCUGUGGACAGACCUAUAACAGACUGGACGUUGUAUCCACAGCAGGUGGUGCUGUAUAAUUGACUGACCGCAGCCUGCUGCUGCAGCAGCUCUGCAGCUGUAACUGUCCAACGGCAGUAAAAUUAGCCAAGCCACUGCGCUUAUUAGACACUUAUUAGUGUAUUAUCUCUGCACACAGAGGGAACAGGGAUCUGGCCGCUGCCACCUGAGUGAUACCAUUUAAUUAGCUUGUGCACAGUUCAGUUCAGUUAAAAAGAUGCUAGUUAAUCCGUUCCAUUAAUCCAAAUGGAAUUUUUAAUUUUCCACUUUUAUGGAGACUUGAGAGGAUACUUUGCUCUCUGCAUUCUUUGAUGUUUGUGUAAUGAGGUUGUUCUCUGGCGUGUGUGUAUUACAAGAAGAGCUGUCGAAAUGUGUUGUAACUCAUUUUAAUCAGACCUCUGAUGGAUCCUUUACACACAGCCAUUAAUCUGUGCUGCUCCCACUGUUGCUCAUCACAAUCACACACAGUUUAGGAAAUGAUUCAGGCCUGCUGCCAUGUCCUCUGCUCUGCUUUGGCCUCAUGUCUUUAUAAUAAAUAUCUGCCGAUCGUCAAAAUCAUCUGUAUGACAAUGCAAAGAAGAAAAAAAAAGACUGUAGUGGUUGUGUGUUUGCCUUGUAACAUGUUUAAUUGUCCUGAAACAAGAUGGUAACUCCUUCCACAGGACCUUUUUAGUGUUAUUGUGUUUCAUAAACACGUCAGUGCUGUUUCUCUUGUGUUACGGUUAACCCUUGGCAGUGUCACUAUGGCAACCCAGGCUUAUUUCAGAGGACUACAUGUUGUUACCGUAGAUCCAUUUCACAUCCACUAACAUACUGUAGGAUCACAUAGACAGCCAGCAGACAACCAGCUGUAGUCGACCCUAAAGCUGUGUAUCUUCCUCCAGUCAUGUCAUGCAGUAUUAUGGAAGCAACGUGUACUGUACUGCCUCUUUAUGAUUCAAACUU